GUCACAUCGCGUUCGUUCGUAAGGGUUAUUUACGAAACUUUAAAUUAUAGUUUCCGACGUGUAUAGUUUUGUAAGGAAUACCAAGUUUGCAUUGUCAUCAUCUGCGGGUGGCAACAAUCCUGUAAAAGGGAAUAACCGAAUAACAUCCUUGUCCUAGCGAUUUUCUGUCACUGUCAAGUCGGUCAGCUGUUUUGACAAGCUAUCCAACGUAGAGAAAAAACUCAGUAUUUAAUACUGUCAUUUGGGAUUGAAACAGGCGUCGUUUUGAAUCGUCAGGUUUCAUUUACUCGGGCGUCUGCUUUCUGCUACGGUACGGUCAGUUGCGUGUCAAAACGCCACGUUGGAAGAGAUAUUGACUGCAUUUCAACAUGAAGAUUAAAGAGCUUGACAAAACUGUAAAUGUGGCCUGGUCCCCAGCUGCUCAGCAUCCCAUUGUUUUAGCUGCUGGUACAGCAGCACAGCAGCUUGAUGCAUCUUUCAGUACCUCAUCUACGUUGGAGCUUCAUGCUCUUAACUUGGGUGAACCUGGACUAGAAAUGCAACUCCUUGCCUCUGCACCAAGCGAGCAGCGGUUUCAUAAAGUGGUAUGGGGAAACAAUGGCGCUAUAGUGGGUGGUUGUGAUGGGGGUCUGGUUCAAAUCUAUAACUCUCAGAAGUUAUUGUCAGGAGAAAAAGCACCCUCAGCUAGACAAGAUAAGCACUCUGGGCCUGUGCGGGCCUUAGAUUUUAACCCAUUUCAAUCAAACUUGCUGGCUACUGGAGCAUCAGAAUCUGAAAUAUAUAUUUGGGACCUCAAUAAUAUAAGUACUCCUAUGACACCUGGUGCUAAAGCUCAACCAUUGGAAGAUGUUGCUUGGAUAUCAUGGAACAGACAAGUUCAACAUAUUUUGGCAUCAUCAUUUGCCCAACGGUGUGUUGUGUGGGAUCUUCGAAAGAAUGAGCCUAUUAUCAAACUGAGUGACAGUCAAUCACGGACGCGUUGGAAGGUUGUAUCAUGGCAUCCUGAUGUUGCUACUCAACUCAGUUUGGCUUCAGAAGAAGAUUCUGCACCGCUUAUUCAAUUGUGGGAUUUACGUUUUGCUACAGCUCCCAUUCGCACCCUUGAAAAUCAUCAGAGAGGUGUUCUUUCCAUUGCCUGGUGUAUGCAAGACCCUGAUUUAUUAUUGAGCUGUGGAAAAGACAAUCGCAUCCUGUGCUGGAAUCCCAACUCCAAUGCACCGGGUGGUGAAGUUGUGUGUGAAGUUGCAACCACAACUCAAUGGAACUUUGAUGUGGCUUGGUGUCCAAGAAAUCCUGCUUUAAUAUCUAGUUGCAGCUUUGAUGGUCAUGUCAGCAUUUAUUCACUUACUGGUGGUGCCCAGCCCCAGGUGCAGACAAGCAAUAAGAUUGCAGAUUCAUUUCCAGGCAUGGAAAGUUAUGCACAGGCCACUCCUCCUCAACCAGCACCAGUUUCUGUAGAUUUGAGGAAGCCGCCAAAGUGGUUGCGUCGGCCUUGUGGUGCAUCAUUCGGGUUUGGUGGCAAGUUAGUAUCAUUUGAGUUUGACAAGUCAGCCCCUGUGCAGCAGCCAGCUGCGCCACAACAACUAGGCUUUGUUGCCACACCAGCCGUGAAAAGAACUGUUUCCAUCAGUCAAGUAGUGACGGAAGGCAGCCUCAUGGCAAGAGCUCAGGCUUUAGAUGUAGCCUUGCAGCAGGGCGAUUAUAGAGAUUUCUGCAAAAGCCGUGCUGCUGAGAGUCACACAUCUCAUGAUAGAAUUUUGUGGGAAUGCCUCAAAGCUCACUUUGAACCUAAUUUGUCAUCAGAAGUUUUGACCCUAUUAGGUUUCAAUCCUGAAGAAGUUAAGAACAAGCUUAACAUCUCUAUUGCACCGCCUGAUGAUUCACCUACUGAAUUUAAUGGGAUUGACAAUUUAACAACCCAAAUGCAUGAUUUGUCUGCUGGAUCUGCUGAUGAUGCCUUUAGUGCCAUAGCUGCUUCAGCACAGUUAAAAAAGAAGUCAGAAAUAACUGCUCCUUUUAGGAUUGUUACUGGUGACGAUGCAAAUGGAUUGAUUUGCCAAGCUCUUUUACUUGGUCACACUGAAGCUGCUGUAGAAUUGUGUCUUCAAGAAGGUCGCCAUGCUGAUGCUAUUGUUUUAGCUAUGACUGGUGGUCCAGAUCUGCUUGCAAAGACACAAUUUAGAUAUUUCCAGAAAAGUAAAGGUUAUCUUUCAACCCUUAUGUCAGCUGUAGUUACUGAAGACUGGAGUCAAGUUGUUGCAUCUUGUGAUCUAGAGAGCUGGAAGGAAGCUUUGACUGCUAUUCUUACACACACCAGAGGAGAUGAAUAUUCGCGCUUGUGUGAACAAUUGGGGCACCGUUUAGAAGUAGAAUCGGGAGGUCUUCAUAAACAGAAAGCACAACUUUGUUAUGCUAUUGCGGGCAACCUCCACAAGUUGGUUGACAACUGGAUGUUAGACAUUCGACCUACUACACCAGAACAGAUGCAGGAUCUGGUGGAGAUUGUUGCUGUUCUACGUACAGCAAUGGAGCUUAGAGGCAAUAAUGUUGAUAUAUCUGGCUCCCUUGCAAAUACUCUAUCACAGUAUGCUGAGUUUUUGGCAUCCCAAGGUAGCCUUGCCUCUGCUUUCACUUAUUUAACCAACUCUCAAGAUGUAAGUUAAAAGAAGA